AUGACAACCAACACUAUGGUGUGCAAUACCUGCUAUGGAGCUAUGGAGGAGCUACAGACGGCUUGGGAAUCAAAGAGUGAGAAUAUACGGUUCACACUGUACAAGGAGGCUAUCCAGUGGGGUCUUGCAAAGAUUGGAAAGUAUUAUAGCAAAUUUGACGACAAACCUGUCUAUAUUCUUGUACUUGUAAUACACCCAUACUACAAACUCACGUACAUCACAAUGGCAUGGGGCGGUCCUGAAGAACAAGCCAAGGAAUGA